AUGCCACGUCGUGACUACAACUCCUCAAUCUCUGGUGAUUCCGACAACGAGCUUUUCCCUCCUCCUCCUCCUCCUCUUCCGACGCCGACACGACACCCUAUCACCACUUCCUCAGCUGACAGUGGUUUGUGUGGCUACGAGAGAGACGAUGAAGAAAAAGAGAUUGUGACACUAGCGUCAUUUUCACUAAAUCGCAAGAAGAGGGUGAAUAAGCUGCUACCGUCGUUUUCGGCGGAGGGGAAAGUGAAGGACAGCUUCGCGGUGGUGAAGGAAUCGGUGGACCCAUAUGAAGAUUUAAAGGCAUCCAUGAUGGAGAUGAUAUUAGCAAAGCAGCUGUUUGAGGAGAGAGACUUCAAGCAGCUAUUGGAGUGUUUCUUAUCGCUCAAUUCGCGUCAUCAUUACAGGACAUUUACUGAUAUGGAUGUUGUUGAGUGUGGAUGUUAUUGA